AUGGCGGACAGCAGCGCUGCGGCCACGUCCAACGACGCGGACGCCGCCGCGCAGCGGGCCUCGGAGCAGGCUCGUCUGCGCAAGGAGCGGCGCGAGGCCAAGCUCAAGGCUGGCGGCUCGGCGCGCCUGAACAAGAUCACCGGCAUAGGCGGCCGCGUGGCCUCGGCCAUCUUUACGCCUCCUGCGACUGAGGAUGCCGCCUCGCCCAAGGCACGCUCCGUGUCCGCCACACAGGCGCCUGCCCAGCAGCACCACGCCGCCGACCCCGAAGAGGUGGACAUCUCAGAGCACUUCUACGAGCCCCGGACGACGACGCCGUCGCGCCGCAACGUUUCAGCUGCUGCCGGCGGUGGUGGCGCGGAGCCGUCCAUCUCGGAUGCGCAGCUGCGGCAGAUGAUGCUCGGCUUCGACCGCCCCGGGCAGAGCGCGUCGCCGAGCCCGAGCCCCGGCCCCGGCCCCGGUGGACCUGCCCUGCCGCCCGGCAUGGAGGACGACCCGCUCAUGAAGAUGAUGUCGCAGAUGAUGGGCGGCGCAGGCAUGCCCGGCAUGCCGGGGAUGCCGGGCCAGCAACAGCAACAGGCCGCCCGCCCCGACGCCUACACCACCUUCUUCCGCAUCCUGCACGCGCUGCUGGCCCUCGGACUGGGCCUGUACGUGACCCUCCUGACGCCCUUCUCCGGCACGCGCCUCGAGCGCGAGCGCGCCUCCCUCGCACACGCCGCGCACGUCGCCCACCCGAACGACGACCUGGCGGCGGCAGCGCUCGACGACGCCAACGAGCGCCGCAAGCUCAUGUUCUUCUGGAUCUUCGCCACGGGCGAGGCCGUGCUGCUCACGACGCGCUUCUUCCUCGACAAGGGCCGCCGCCAGCAACCCGCGGGCAUGCUCUGGAGCAUCGCCGGGUUCGUGCCCGAGCCGUUCAGGGGGUACCUGCUCGUGGCGCUGCGGUACGGGCAGAUCUUCACGACGGUGAGGGCGGAUAUACUGGCAUGCAUGUUUGUGCUGGGCGUGUGCUCGUGGUGGAAGUCGUGA